UCCUCCACCAGUAUCUUCUAGCCAAGUCCGGUAUUCCUUUCAGAACGCAAAAAUGAACACCUAUAUAUGUAUGUGUUUGGCUUCAUGCCUCUUGGUCGCUGUAAGCGCUGCAGGAUAUGGAAAUGGAUUCGGAAACGGAAAUGGUAACGGAAAUGGCGUCGGAAAGGGAUACGGCAAUGGCGCCAGCAACGGAUACGGCAAUGGCGCCAGUAACGGAUACGGCAAUGGCGCCAUAAACGGAUACGGCAAUGGCGCCAGUAACGGAAACGGCAAUGGCGCUAGUAACGGAAACGGCAAUGGCGCUAGUAACGGAUACGGCAAUGGCGCCGGUAACGGCGGUGGACGUUACUAGAUGACUUGCCUGUUCGAUAAAUCUUUCAGUUUAUAAUAAAAUGGAUUUAAAAUAAAAUAUUCGGAGAAAA